AUGUCAGACAAGCUUAAGGAACGCAAAGUGAGUCGGCUGAGCCCAGACAGCCCUUGCGCCCCGCUGGUGGGGGCGUCUGACUCCCGGAGCCGCCACCUGGCUGGACCGACGGCAGGGACGUGGCACACGGGACUCUCGUGCGGAGGAAGCUUGAGUGGUUUGGGCGGGGAACGAGGACAGAGAGAGGGGCUUCCUCAACUCGGGAGGCCGGUGGCCACCUCCCCAGUGCCCUGGCGCUCAGCUGGACGGCGUGGCCCAAGCCGGGCGGGCGGGCGGCCGGAAGAGGAGCGCACUGGACGACUCCCUGGGCAACACUAUCCUAAAUGUACAAACCUCUGUUCGCAGAGAACCCCUGUCUCCCACAAAGUGAUAGAAAAGCGGAGGAGGGACCGGAUAAACCGCUGCUUGAACGAGCUGGGCAAGACGGUACCCAUGGCCCUGGCGAAGCAGAGUUCCGGUAAGCUGGAGAAGGCGGAGAUCCUCGAGAUGACCGUUCAGUACCUGAGGGCCCUGCACUCCGCUGAUUUUCCCCGGGGAAGGGAAAAAGCAGAACUGCUAGCAGAGUUCGCCAACUACUUCCACUACGGCUACCACGAGUGCAUGAAGAACCUGGUGCAUUAUCUCACCACCGUGGAAAGGAUGGAGACCAAGGACACCAAGUACGCGCGCAUCCUCGCCUUCCUGCAGUCCAAGGCCCGCUUGGGCGCCGAGCCCGCCUUCCAGCCGCUGGGUUCGCUCCCGGAGCCGGAUUUCUCCUAUCAGCUGCACCCAGCGGGGGCCGAGCUCACGGGCCACAGCCCCGGGGAGGCCUCCGUUUUCCCGCAGGGCGCCGCCCCCGGGCCCUUUCCCUGGCCGCACGGCGCGGCCCGCAGCCCGGCGCUGCCCUACCUGCCCGGCGCGCCGGUGGCGCUCCCGAGCCCCGCGCAGCAGCACAGCCCCUUCCUGACGCCCGUGCAGGGGCUGGACCGGCACUACCUCAACCUGAUCGGCCACGCCCACCCCAACGCCCUCAACCUGCACCCGCCCCAGCACCCGCCGGUGCUCUGACGCCGCCUCGCCCGCCAGGGUUCUCCGCGCGCGCCCGGCGCGACGUAGGAAAAACACCGUACGUUGUACAGAUGUAAAUAGUGUGCCAACAAAAAAGCUGGGUGGGGAAGGUCAGGAGCAAAUUAGUCUCCUGAAGGAUCUCCCCCUGGCAAUAAACGUUUUCUGAUAAA